AAAAAUUGAAAAUUUGUGAAAAUAUUUGAAAAUUCUUCCAAAAUAUCGAAUUUAAUAAAAUAAAAUAUUGUGUGGAAGUGUAAUUUAGCAAAAAUUAUGCUAUAGAAACGCGUUGAAGAUAAAAAAUCAACAUCAGUAAAAAUAAAAAUAAAUUUUGAGAAAAAUUGUGAAAUUAUGUAAGUUUUGUGUCUCGUUUAGUGAAAAGCCAAUUGCAAUUUAUGCUGAGAUAAAAAAGCUAAUUUGAGUAGAAACAUUUUUUUCACAUAUAUAGUAUUUCCACUUUGUCCGUCGAAUUGAAAAACAACAAAAGAUGCGUUCACGCAGCAAUUCAGGCGUACGCCUGGACUAUUACCAACGUAUUGUUCAUCGCUUGAUUAUGAGCCACCAGGAGCCCGUAACGGGUUUAUUUCCAGCAUCCAAUAUUAAUUCGCAUGCCUGGAUCAGAGAUAAUGUAUAUUGCAUAUUAGCAGUAUGGGGUCUGUCGAUGGCCUACAAAAAGAUAGCGGAUCAGGAUGAAGAUCGUGCCAAAUGCUAUGAACUAGAACAAAGUUGUGUUAAAUUAAUGCGUGGUCUCUUAAUGGCCAUGAUGAAUCAAAAGGAUAAAGUGGAAAAGUUUAAAAUAACUCAAAAUCCAUUGGAUUCUCUACAUGCAAAGUACUCUAGCAAAAACGGACAACCUGUUGUGGGUGAUGCUGAAUGGGGCCAUUUACAAAUCGAUGCGGUGUCAUUGUAUCUUUUAAUUUUGGCACAAAUGACAGCAUCGGGUCUUCAAAUUGUUUUCUCCUUAGAUGAAGUAUCAUUUAUACAAAAUUUAGUCUUCUAUAUUGAAUCGGCCUACUGUAUUCCCGAUUAUGGCAUCUGGGAACGUGGAGACAAAACAAAUCAUGGUGAACCAGAACUAAAUGCCAGUUCCAUUGGUAUGGCUAAGGCUGCUCUUGAGGCCAUGAACGAAUUAGAUCUAUUUGGUGCUCGCGGUGGUCCCGCUAGUGUUAUACAUGUAUUGGCUGAUGAGGCACACAAGUGUCAAGCUGUUCUACAAUCAAUGUUACCGCGUGAAUCCAAUAGUAAAGAACUUGAUUCGGGACUUUUAUGUGUUAUUGGAUUUCCAGCCUUUGCUGUCGACGACCCACAAUUGAUACGUAAUACCAAAGAUGCCAUCUUACAUCGUUUACAAGGUAAAUACGGUUGUAAACGUUUCCUACGUGAUGGCUAUCGUACACCCAAAGAGGAUCCCACACGUUUGUACUACGAAAGAUGGGAAUUGCGUAUGUUUGAGAAUAUUGAAUGUGAAUGGCCAUUAUUUUAUUGUUAUUUGAUAUUGUUCCAUGCAUUUCAAUCUGAUAAGUUGGCCGUUAAAGAGUAUGCAGAUCGUUUGGAGCAAAUAAUGGUUCGUGGAGAUGAUGGUAUACUUUUAAUACCCGAGAGUUAUGCGGUAACACAUGAUACUGUACCACAAGAAUAUCAAAUGCCAGGAUCACAACCAAGAGAAGUUGUAGGACGCUGUCCAUUUUUGUGGGGUCAAUCUCUAUUCAUUUUAGGCAGAUUAUUACAAGAGGGCUUUCUAGCGGUGGGUGAAUUAGAUCCCCUCAAUCGUCGUUUGGGUGCUCAGAAAAAGCCAGAUGUUGUCGUACAGGUUGUUAUAAUUGCUGAAGAUAAUGAAAUACGUGAUAAAUUGGCUGAAUAUGAUUUGCAUGUACAAACCAUAGCUGAGGUGGCACCAAUUGAAGUUCAACCAGCUCGUGUUUUAAGUCAUUUGUAUACGUAUUUGGGUAGAAAUCGUAAAUUGGGUUUGACUGGUCGUAAGUCUCGUGAUGUGGGUAUAUUAAGUACGAGUAAAUUGUAUUCGUUAAAAGAUAGAAUAUUUGCUUUUACGCCACAGUUUGUCGACCUAUCACGUUUUUAUAUUGCCUCCGACAAUGAGUUAAUGAUUGAUAUUUUAAAGGGCGAAAUUAAUUUUCUUAAGUCCGCUUGGGAUUUGCUUGGACGUCCCUUGGUUACUUUAGUUUUGAAGAAAAUUCAUUUAGAUCAAGAUAGAAUACCCUUGGCCAUGAUACAAACAAUGCGUAAACUAAAAUCGGGUUAUAUUAAUGGUACUCGUGUUAUGUUGGGCAAUCUUAAGGACUUCCUGAAUACAUCGGCUAUAACUGAUUUAAGCUUUUUGGGAAGUACCGAAGAUGGUUAUCCCGAUCGUUUACAUCCCGAUGUACAGACAUAUUUGGAUGAACAUUUAUUGCGUUCAUUUAGUCAUCGUAAUACUAUGAACCUAAGAGGUGGUCAACUGCGUCCCCGACAUUUAAGACGACGCAUGUCCUGCAAAGGAGCUAUUAAGAAAACUAGAUCUAUUAACGUAGAUUCUGAUAACUUGGGUAUGGAGGGUCCUACACCUUUGACCGAAAGACGUUUAUCAUCGAUUGUACCACCACCUUGGUUACAGGCUAAUCAACAGACCCCAUUAAAUUCAUUCACCAUCACACCUGAGGGAAGUUCUACUAAUACGAAUCAAAAUCGUUCGGAGGUGUUGAUACGUGAGAAUAUUUAUCCAAUUGAUAUCAAUCAUAGUCGUUCAGCCAUUGAAAAACGCAGUGAGUUUGCUAGACAACAAGAAAUCAACAAUGUUCCUAAAAUUCUUGUGCAACGCCAUCGUACGGAUACAAAUUUUGCCGAUACAGAAGUGGAAGAGUUAAUAGCCAUGCUAAGAGAAACGGAAAAUUUAGAAGAACAAGGUGAUAUCUUACAAUAUUUAGUUGAUACCCAAGGAUUAGAUUUCAAUACAGCCGGCUUAGGACUUAAACAAAAAUCAUCAUCGUCCUCUUCCUCCUCUUCUGUAAUUGAUCCAACCCUUGUGGAGGAAUCAACAUACGAUGAGUUAGCUUUUAAAAGUACUGCUUCGAAGCCUCCAUUACCACCAUCUGCACUGUUGGUGGUGCCCCAUGAUGAGCCAGCAUCUUUUAAUAAUACCAACAAUGUCAAUGUUAUUAAUUCCUCUCACUCUGAAGGCAUGCUGGAAGAGGGACGUGUCGUUACUGUACGCGAUUUACUCAAGGGCUUAUACGAAAAGGCUUGUCAGCAAAAACUCUGGGGUUUGGUACGUCAUACCGCCGGUAUGUUGGGUAAGCGAGUGGAGGAUUUAGCCAAAGCAGUUACCGAUUUGUUGGUACGUCAGAAACAAGUGACCGUGGGCAUGCCACCGAAUAAUGAGUUUACCAUAACGGCUCCCUUGCCCGAAGCUGAUUUAAGGCAGUUGAUACAUGAUGCUUAUGGUGAUGAUGAAAGUACCGCUAUGUUGACACAAGAAUUAAUGGUUUAUUUGGCCAUGUUUAUACGCACCGAACCACAGUUGUUCCAUGAAAUGUUACGUCUUAGAGUUGGUCUUAUUAUCCAAGUUAUGGCUAAAGAGUUAUCACGUACUUUGAAUUGCGAUGGUGAAGCGGCCUCGGAACAUUUGUUGAAUUUGUCACCGUUUGAAAUGAAAAAUCUUUUAUAUCAUAUUCUAAGUGGCAAAGAAUUUGCUGUAAGCAGUGUGGCUCGUGGUAAUCUAUCCAUUGUUAGCUGUAAAUCCAGUCGUGUUAGCAAGAAGAGUCAAAUUGGUUUGGGUGAUCCGGAGGGUGAAGAUGCCCUAAUCGCCAGCAUUGACGAUAGACAGGGACAAUGGUUACGUAGACGUCGUCUAGAUGGUGCUCUUAAUCGUGUACCACGUGAUUUCUAUUCGCGUGUCUGGUCAGUUUUGGAAAAAUGUCAAGGUUUGGCCAUAGAAGGUCGUAUUCUACAACAGAGUUUAACUCAAGAAAUGACUCCUGGCGAGUUAAAGUUUGCCUUGGAAGUUGAGACAGCCUUAAAUCAAAUUCCCCAACCAGAAUAUCGUCAAUUGGUGGUGGAGGCUUUAAUGGUUUUGACUCUGGUAACCGAACAUAAUAUGGUACCAAAUUUGGGUGGUAUUAUAUAUGUCGAACAUUUGGUGCAUAAAGCCAAUCAAUUGUUUUUGGAAGAUCAACGUAAGGUUCAGGGUGAUGCUACUCUCUGCUGUGCCAAAUCCAAAGAUGGUAAAGAACAACAUCAGGCUGCCUCUGGUAUGUUGUUGUGUGGUGGUGCUGCAUAUAUUUGUCAACAUUUGUACGAUAGUGCUCCCAGUGGCAGUUAUGGCACUAUGACUUAUAUGGCACGUGCUGUUGCUUUGGUCUUGGAUUGUCUUCCCAAACACGGUGAAAUGGAAUGCGCCAUUUCCUAAUCAUUUUAUAACGUAUACGUUCUUUUUCGAAUGAGUUUCAUCUCAUGCUUUAAUUUUGCUGAAUUUUAAGUUUGCUAUUUAACCAUUACAAUACACAUUACAAUAAAAAAGUGUUUUAGUUGUUUAAUUA